CGUUUUGUAAUCUUCUUCGUUUCAUUCUGUCACGUUCGACUGCUCAGCACCACUAGUUUAGUUUUUUUCCCGCUUUUUCAGCCCAAAACCGAGAAGUGUGUCCGCUGUGGCAAAUCCGUUUAUGCCAAUGAGCGAAUGGAAGCUGGCGACAAAAUCUGGCACCGACUUUGCUUCCGUUGUUCCGUGUGUGAUAUGUCACUCAACUUGAACAAUUACGCACAAAGUGAUCAAAUCCUGUACUGCAAGAAGCACUAUCAAGAAAACGUUUUGGCCAAGAAUACCCAAACCCCAAUAUAGUGACUUGUCAUACUUUAGAUUAUAAAUGUGACUGCUCAGACGCCUUUAACCCCGUUACACCAGAAUGUUUUUGCCUACAAACCCAACUCUCUAUUGUAUUUUUCUCAUUUUGUUCCUUCUUACCAUAGAGUGAGCGUUGUUCCGUCAAGACUCUUUCUGCAUGCCGUCCCCUUUCACACAGUGUGCUUUUCAACCCCAACUGCUAGCAUAAACGUAAUGUUCAUCCAUGAUCAGUGUUCAAUUUGCUUGGGCUUCGGGACUCCGGCUUUGUGGUCGUAUAUGGCAGUGUCAACAGUGAUGGUGCCGUCUCCGACGACGGUGAUUUUAAAGCCCUAAAGUGAAACGAGUGAAUGAGAGAGGGGACCUGGUGUCGGCCUAUCACCAGCAUUCGUAGGUGCCUACACGUCCAAGUGCUCAAUCAGACAAUCUGGAAUGCCACUGAGACCGACUGGCCGUCAGUCUUCGCGGUACUUCCAGCCGAGGGCAGCAGGGGUCACGGGGACCCCAUCCUGGAAGGUGCAUCGUACCAACCCAACCUCAAACCCGUUGAAAUCCUUUUCACACCUUCGUGCCAAGUCGCACGUCAUCGGGGUCACGGGGGGAGGCACCGUAGACCACGGUUCGACAUGACCAAGCCACUGCAACUGAUGAGCUUGGGUGAUUUCCGUGAACGAAGUACCUGCUACCCAACCAAAUACCUGUUUCCCAAUUAU